AUGCUCAUCAUGAAUGCCUCCAAGGAGUCAAGGAAGGUCAGGGCAGCAGCUUUGGUAAACAAGCUUAAGUACGGGUCCGCCGGGAUGCUGAGGUUCUUCUCUGAUACAAAGAUUCCCUCCUCCAUCAUGGUCCUUGGCAUCAUCUCCAGCGAGGGGGACAUCAUGCCUCUGUUCUUCUUUCAAAAGGGCCUGAGAGUCACCGCCGAGAUCUACCAGGAGGUGCUGAGAAGCGUGGUGAAGCCCUGGAUGGACGAGAUCGCCACCGGACGCCCCAACAUCUUCCAGCAUGACUCAGCUCCUGCACACAAGGCCAAGACGACCCAGGCAUGGCUGCUCAACAAUGUUCCUCACCACUGGUCAUUGGACUUAUGCCCACCCUCCUCACCUGACUACAAACUACUUUAUUUCUUCUGGAGCGUGAUCAAGGUUGACUCUCUGAAGGCUGCCAUCGUGGAGGCGUUCAUCACUAUCGACAAGGACAUGGUUGCCAAAGCAUGUGACUCAUUUCGCACCCGCCUUGAGAUGCUCGUCGCCGCCGGCCGCCCUCCUCACCCAACUGCAAACCACUUUAUUUCUUCUGGGGCGUGA